GGCUCCCUCCUCAUCCCCGUCCUCCUCGUCCCCGUCCUCCUCCCGGCGCGCAGCCCCGCUGCCCGCAGGCAGCCCCGGCUCCGGGCGCUCCAUCUCGGGCGCCCCCCUCGGCCGCUUCCGGAGGAAGGAGCGGCGCGGCUGCCCCCUCCCCCUCUCCGCCUUCCUCCUCCUCCUUCUCCUCCUCCUCCUCGCUCCGGACUCACCGCGGCGCACGGACGGGCCCGGCGGCGGCGGCGGCGGCGGCGGCGGCGGCACUCGCACACAAUGGCGCUGAAACGCAUCAACAAGGAACUUAGUGACUUAGCCCGUGAUCCUCCAGCACAGUGUUCAGCAGGUCCCGUUGGAGAUGACAUGUUUCAUUGGCAAGCCACAAUUAUGGGACCUAAUGACAGUCCAUAUCAGGGUGGUGUAUUCUUCUUGACAAUUCACUUUCCUACAGACUACCCUUUCAAACCACCUAAGGUUGCAUUUACAACAAGAAUCUAUCAUCCAAAUAUUAACAGUAAUGGCAGCAUUUGUCUCGAUAUUCUAAGAUCACAGUGGUCUCCUGCUUUAACUAUUUCUAAAGUUCUCUUAUCCAUUUGUUCACUGUUAUGUGAUCCAAAUCCAGAUGACCCUCUAGUGCCAGAGAUUGCACGUAUCUAUAAAACAGACAGAGACAAGUACAAUAGGUUAGCAAGAGAGUGGACAGAGAAAUACGCUAUGCUGUAGGGUACAACAGAAUAUCUCGGGAAUGGACUCAGAAGUAUGCCAUGUGAUGCUACCUUAAAGUCAGAAUAACCUGCAUUAUAGCUGGAAUAAACUUUAAAUUACUGUUCCUUUUUUGAUUUUCUUAUCCGGCUGCUCCCCUAUCAGACCUCAUCUUUUUUAUUUUUUUGUUUACCUCCUUCCAUUCAUGCACAUGCUCAUCUGAGAAGACUUUAGUUCUUCCAGCUUUGGACAAUAACUGCUUUUAGAAUCUGUAAAGUAGUUACACAAGAACAAUUGCCCAAGAUUCUGAAUAUUUUUUUUUUAAUGGAGCAUGUGUAUUAUGUGGCCAAUGUCUUCAUUCUAACUUGGUUAUGAGAUUAAAAAACAAACAUUCCUCACUGCUCUAACAGAUACUGAAGAUACCACCUGAAAGGGGGGAGGGGAGAUGGAUGUUCAGUUUUCUCCCAUCAAAGAAGUAACUUUGCUGUAGCAACAUCCAUCUUGUUCCAAACCUUCCAGUGUUAGAGAACUGAGGUUUUAUUAUAUAUUUUUGCUCAUAACUGAUGUGUCUGGAGAAUUGGUACUGAAUCUAUAGCAUCAGCAGAACAGAAAAUGUGAUGUAUCUUAUGCAUGUCAAUAAAGGAAUGACCAGUUCUUGUUUUACAGAGAAUGGAAAUUGGAAGUCAAACAUCCCUUGUAUUCCAAAAUAGGGUCUAAGAACAUUUUUGUAAUUCAUUUAAAUUUUGUUAGGAGGCUUGGAGCUAUUAGUUAAUCUGUCUUCCAAAACACUGUUUAAUAUAGCACUGAAUAAAUGAUGCAAGUUGUCAAUGGAUGAGUGAUCAACUAAUAGCUCUACUAGUAAUUGAUUUAUUUUCUUCAAUAAAGUUGCAUAAACCAAUGAGCUAGCUGCCUGGAUUAAUCAAUAUGGGAAACAAAAUCUUUUGUAAAAGCAAAGCUGGUUUUUGUAUAUACUGUUGGGAUUUGCCUCAUUGUUUAACAUCAAAUAAUGAUGUGAAGUUCAAUAGAGUGAAUCUUUUGCCAUUUUCAGUUAUAAUGCUCAGUCUGUUGCAGGUUGACACAUUGUUCGGCCUGAUGUAUGCAGAAUUAAUAAGCUAACCUAGUAGUGUAGCCUUAGUAGUGUGCUACACGUGGUGCUGGGAGCCCAGCGUUCAAGGAUGGACUGGGGACCCAGCAGAUCUGAAGUGGUGUAUUGUGGAGACGCUUCCUGAUGCACCUGUGUUUGCUGACUGAGAACCUUUUUCUUCACCUUGUACACUUGACAGCUGAAAGAUCUUAAUGUGGGAGUAAUGAUGAGGCAAAAAAAAAUUAUAAAAUAAAGUACUGUUUUGAUGUGGGAAUUGUCAUGAGGCUGUGUUGAAGUGACUUUACUAUGUGGGAUGUUCGUUACCGUUGAAAAGGACUUGUUCAGCCAUGCUGCCAUUUACAUUAAUGACUAUUUUAAUGCAACAGACACUUUCCUCAUGUCAGGUGACUAAACGUGAAUAAAGACUCAUUGCUAUUGGAUUUUUGUUCUACAAGAAA